AUGCCUAGUGAUCUGGGUACGUGGUUCAGAAGCGUGCCUGUCGUCACCAGGUACUGGUUCGCUGUUUCCGUUGUCAUUCCUCUACUUGGAAGGUUUGGACUGAUAAAUCCAUUAUGGAUGUAUCUGGAUUGGGAUCUGGUUGUCUACCAUUUUCAUAAUCUUGAAACGGGCACGUUCUCUGGACGUCCAGCAGACUACUUAUAUAUGCUGAUAUUCAACUGGUUGAUUUGUGCGGGGAUUUGUAUGGCAGCUGGAGUUUAUUUCUUGUUGGAACCAAUGGUUUUAAGCGUUUUGUACGUGUGGUGUCAGCUGAAUAAGGAUACUAUUGUUUCGUUUUGGUUUGGAACCACAUUCAAGGCGAUGUAUCUCCCUUGGAUAUUAUGUGCUUUCAAUGCAAUUCUUCGUGGUGGCGGUAUAAAUGAACUACUGGGCAUAUUGGUCGGCCACACUUACUAUUUUCUUGCAUUCGACUACCCUCUUCAGCACGGUGGAACUUCUUUUUUACGGACGCCACAGUUUUUAUACAAUUAUCUUCCAAACGAGGAAGGUGGUGUUCAUGGAUUCGGAGCGGAUCGUGUGAACCAACGAAGAGGGGCAGCCGAAGGUGGUAGGCAUUUCUGGGGAAGAGGGCAAGUAGUGGGUGGAGACUCAUCAUCAAACCGUCUCAUUGGCCCUAAGGAUCAUUCAUCUAUUCAGAUCGAUAUUGUUGAUGUCGAUCCAAUUACUGGACGCAUGGUCGCCGGGAAAACAACUCGCUACGCCAUCUGCGGUGCUCUUCGUCGUCAGGGGGAGUCUGAUGAUGCACUACUAAGGCUAGCUCAGAGAGACGGGCUUAUCCCUAAGAAUCUCUGA